AUGAGUGGAUCGCUGCUAGACCUGAAGUCCAGGUCGCCGAAGUCGCUGCAGAGCAAGAACAGGAAGAAGCUGUCGCUGAAGAUCAGCAACGGCAGCCCGGGGCCGAAGGUGAUGAUGCUGGAGCCGCCGGCGGAAGUGGCGGGGCGGGGGGACGCGCAAAUAUACACGCUGCCGGCGCUGGCGCCAGCGCCGGGACAGCGGGGGCGGGGCGCGGAGGACAAGGGCGGGGCACUGAAGCUGACGGUGGAGACGGCACUGCGGCCGCGGGGGGAGGAGCGGAUACGAUUCCGGCCGCCGCCGAUGCUGGCGCGGGGCGGAGUGCCGGCGUACUUACAGGACUGUGAGGAGCUAGGGGCGUGCACGCCGGUGCCGGCGGACGCGCCAUUGACGCGCUCGUGGGUAUUCCGGCGCGGCGGCGCGGCGGGCGGGUGCCGCGUGGAGAAUGCCGGCUGCGAUGGCGCGGACGAGGAUGACGAGGGCACGCUCCAUUCCGCGCUCAGAUACAAUGACGUCUUAAACGGCAACGCAUACCCGGGCGAGCCGCUAUGCGUUCUUGUGCCCGGACUCUUCCUGUACUCGGAGCCCACCAUCGAGCAGGUGCUGCAGUUCGAUGUGGUCGUGAACGUGGCAAAGGAGAUCACAGACUUUACAAGCCAGAUUCCCGAGGGGUCUGGGACACAGUACUAUCACUUCAAGUGGUCGCAUACAAGCAAAAUAUGCAGCAACCUCGAGGAGCUCACCGCUCUCAUACACACGGCCCUCUGCGAUGGAAAGCGCGUGCUGGUGCACUGCCAGUGCGGUGUCUCGCGCUCCGCCUCGCUCAUCGUCGCGUACAUCAUGCGCUACCGCAGCAUGCCGCUCAACGACGCGUACAACUACCUAAAAAACGUCGCCAAGGACAUAAGCCCCAACAUGAGCCUGAUCUUCCAGCUGAUGGAGUGGGGCGAGCAGUUGAAGAGCAAGGACGGGCACUCCAGCUGCUCGCCCGCCAGCUGCUCGCUCUCCAGCCUGGCAUCCGAAAACCUGUCGGAGCAACCGCGCUCGUGCCGCCCGCGCUCUGCCGUCGGCCCGAAGUCUGCGUUCUCCAGCCCCGACAUCUCCAGCGACCUGUCGCCCGAAAAUACGCCGCGCACCCCGAUGGAGUUUUUGAACGCGCCAUCUCUCUCUCAAAAGUACCCCCAGACCGCAGAACAGUCUGAGCCGUCGAAGCAUGACCCGCUACAGCUGGGUUCUGAGCUCUGCAUGAAAUGCUCAGUAGUCCUAGAUACCUUUUCACAACCCUCCGCAGAGGUUGUCGACAAAAACUGGUAA